CGUGAAUGUAGAUCCUGGAGGAGUUCUCCGGAAUGCCGCCAGCGGAUCUGACUCCCAGUCUGAUCAUCUCAGACAUCCAUUCCUUGAAGAGAGACCAGGCCCUGGAGAUUCUUGCCCAGAUUUCACGCGUCGAGAAGAAGACCUUCCCCGCUAAUGAGGCAUUCAGUUUCGGUGAGGAACACUGGCGCAAGAAACCCAACACGAGGGUUCUGUAUGUGACCCGUGCACCAUCGGCUUCGGGUGAUGUCCGCCCAACCUUGCUGGCCUAUGCCGUCUACGUCCGCCAGAAGGGAAUAGCCCUACUGCACAAAGUUUGCGUGGGUGAAGCACAUCGCCGCCAGGGCGUCGCGAUGCGGCUCAUGAACUAUAUUCGAGCUCGUCUACAGAGCGAGGGGUGUCAGCAAAUCCAGCUAUGGGUCGACAAAGCCCGCUCGCCCGCCAGAUCUCUCUACGUCCGCAAUGGCUUCAAGGAGCGUGACGAGAUCCCGGACUAUUAUGCGCCAGGGCGUACCGGGAUCAAGAUGGUUCUCGAUCUUUAG